UAAUUUAGGAAACAUUGCCUUCGUCAUGUUUUUCCUUGUAUAACGUGAAAAGUUUUUGUUUAAAGAGAAGUGAAAACGGUGCUACGUUUUCGCAACGUGUAGUAACGUCACUCUCUCUUUCUGGCCUGGAAGCAGAAGUUGCAAGAGUAGCGGGGAAUAAGCUUGAAGCCCCCAUUACUUUUGCUCUCACAUGAACAUUCACUCGCUUCCCUAGAUUAUUGAGAACUUUCAACUUUUGUUUAGUCUCCUCUUGCUGAGCGAACCAGUGACACCUCACAGCUUCUGAACUCGUCCACAGCUAACGCAAGACUCGAUGCAAGACAGUUAUGUUAUGUGUGAUUUAAGUAAGUAUUAAUACUUGCCAUGGAUAAAAAGUGCCAUCACAUUGUUGCGUGUGUGACAGAUAACGGUUUUUAAAACCCGCUUCAGUGACAGUUACAAGCUGCUCUUGAAAACAUGGCGUAUCGUCCAUCUUGAGGAGGACAUCUAUACAUAAGAACCAUCUCGCAGCGUCGGAAGAAAAUAACAAGACUACACAAUUAAUUGGAUUAUAGUGGAAGGACGCCUUCUUUCUGAACGAAUGAUUUUGAUAUUAAACACAUUUAUUUUAAGUUAAAUUUGGAAACACAAAUGUGAUUUGUUUCUAGUCAUACGAAAAGUUUAUUAUAUUGGUUUGAAGCGACAAUGUUAUAAGUCACAUUCCUUCGAGAAAUUUUCAACUUGAAGAGACAUGAUGGAAACGUAACGUAGUUUUAUUUUCUAAAAAAAACUCUUAAAAUAACGAUAAUCACAGAGACAUUUUACUUUACCAGCUAUCACAGUAACAAGACACACAAAGCGGCUGUAAUAACUGACAGACAUUAAUAGCUACUACUUUCAAUGUCAGUAAAACAGAAAAAAAAACUAAAUCGUUUGAGGUUAUGUUGAUUUGACUUAUACAGUGGUCCAGACAGAAAACACAUUCAAACUUAUUUGUCCAGAUUACGGUCAUUUAACAAAUGGAAUUUUCGACAGAAUUAAAACAAAAUACUGCAUACUCUUAGUUUUUCAAGAAACUUAAGUUCGCAAACGAAAGGAAGAGGAUUAAUUAAAAUGGAAUGAUAUUAAUAAACAUUAAUCGGUCAAAUAAAAGCAAAACGCAUUAAACAAGUGAAAGUGGGAUCAAGCAACGUCAUAAGAUAUCUACGGCCGCCAUCCUUCCUUGUGACUUCUACUGAUUCCGCUUCGUAAACAUUUACCAUAACAUCAAAUUUGAAAAUCCGACUAAAGUCUAUAAUGAAGAAAUCUUAAUCCAGAGACAUCUUGUGCCGCCAUCGUCAGCACAUCUCCCCACCAGCAAGCAGUACCACGGCCAACAUCUCGCCACCACACCACACCUGUGUCACCGAAGCAGACAUGGCGGCUGCAACAGUGUGCGGAAUGAUGAUACAAGUCUUUCUGCUGCUCCUACACCUGGGGACGAUUCUCAGCUCUUCUAGCACGAUUCACCACCAUAUGAGCUCAGACGAUCUACGGACGGUAUUUCAAGUAGCGAGUCACGACGAAGUUCCCGAUUACGAGGUGGUCCACGUGCAUUCCUUAUCAAAGCGGAGUGUCCAGACAGAUGAUGAUGGGGACGGAGGUUCACCAGAGACGGAGGAAGUGCAUCGUCUGAAGCUGACAGCGUUCGGACGCGACGUCCACCUCACCCUGCAACGCGCGGAAGGUCUCUUCAAGGGCGGGACCCUUAAGAUGUGGACGGCUGAGCCCAAUUCCACACAGCCGCAGGAAGUGGAGUACCGUGAACUGCCACAGGGUGAAGACAUUGGAGAUGUUUAUCAAGACGAAGAGAACAUGGCAGCACUCUUGGUCCACAGAGAUAAAAAAAAUGGCGGAUUGCUUGUGGAGGGGACAAUUGGACAUGACCUGGUAGUGAAGCCAGUGCCAGCUAGCGUACGGCAACAUUUAGAUCAACCACGUGAUUCAAAACGUGGUGAUGACGACGAGAUGUUUCUGGAUGAAAAUGGGGAGGACAUACAGGAGGAUGUUGCUAUUGAAACAGGCUUUCCACUCAGAAGGAUACAAAGUACAAGUAACAGUGAACCAAAACCACAGCAGCACAUAAUCUACAGGCGGAGUAGUUCCCAGUUUGAAGAACCAGAAUUUAGUGACUAUGCAUUCAUGGAACCAGAUCACCUAGCCAAAAAAUUCCGUAGUAAACGGUCAAUAAGUAAGCGAGAAGCUCCAUAUGUCAUUUAUCCAGAAAUUUUGGUUAUUGUGGAUUAUGAUGGCUACAGACUACACGGAGGAGACAACGUACAAAUCAAGCGAUAUUUCGUCUCCUUUUGGAAUGGCGUUGACCUGAGAUACAAAUUAUUAAAAGGCCCUAAAAUUCGCAUCAGUAUAGCAGGAAUAAUUAUUUCACGGGGCCGUGAUGCGACACCGUACCUGGAGCGUAAUCGAGUGGGACGAGAUGCUAUUGAUUCAGCGGCAGCCCUCACCGACAUGGGGAAGUACCUGUUCCGAGAGAGGAGGCUUCCUGUUUACGACAUUGCUGUGGCUGUCACUAAAUUAGACAUGUGCAGGAGACAGUAUGCUAAUGACGUAUGCAACAGAGGCACUGCAGGUUUUGCAUACGUUGGAGGGGCGUGUGUUGUCAACAAGAGACUAGAAAAAGUCAACAGUGUUGCCAUCAUUGAGGACACAGGUGGUUUCUCAGGAAUCAUUGUUGGAGCCCAUGAAGUGGGACAUUUAUUAGGGGCUGUCCAUGAUGGUUCCCCUCCUCCAAGUUACUUGGGAGGACCUGGUGCAGAGAAAUGCCGAUGGGAGGACGGAUAUAUCAUGAGUGAUCUCCGACACACAGAGAAGGGGUUCAGAUGGUCAUCUUGCAGUAUAUCAUCUUUUCAUCAUUUUUUGAAUGGUGAUACAGCAACAUGUCUAUACAACUCACCACACGAAGAUGAAUCUCUGCCUCGAGUUCUUCCAGGCAAAUUACUAACCCUCGAUGCUCAGUGCAGAAAGGACAGAGGGACAAGUGCUUGCUUUAAAGAUGAUCGGGUAUGUGCACAGCUGUUCUGCUUUGAUGCGGGUUCUGGAUACUGUGUGGCAUAUAGGCCAGCGGCUGAAGGCUCUCCCUGUGGUGACGGACAGUACUGUCUGAAUGGACGCUGUGUGGCAGAACAUGAGAACAUUAUCCCAGAUUACUCACAAAAUACUCCUUCGUACCUGAGACGCAAUGAUGCUGAUUCUGCUGCUACACAGACACGGCCUAUCUAUACACAUCCCCCAAAUGGCACUUCACAAAGGUCACCAUUGGAUGAAUACUGGAGUAAAGGAAGCACAACUACACCCACUCCCUCACCAAAUCCUAAUAAAUAUAUAAAUAAUUAUUACAAUAAAGAUAAUUCAUAUUUUGACAGCACAUACAACACAACAAAAAAUCCCCACACAUUCAACCAACAUUACACACAAUCAACAAGCUACUUCUAUUCAAGCACAACUAAAAACCCUUACUCAUUCAACAACAAUCAAUAUUCAACAACAAAAAAUCCACUAAGUUUCAACAUAUUUGCCUCUUACUCCACAACAAGGAAUCUGUACGACUUCAGCAACAACAAAUACACAACAACAAAGAAUCCUUAUGAUUUUGGUAACCUUAAUCAUUACACAACCAAAAGCAAUGCCAACAGUCAGACUCCUGAACCAGUAAAAAUUUUCCAUAACUACAACCAAUAUUACUCAAGCAGCACAACAAAAAAUCCAUUUGUAGGAUUCAAUUAUUAUUCAACAACUGCUAAACCUGAGCAUACAUCUAACUCUGUCUAUAAACUAUUAAAUAAUAAUUAUAAUGCAUUUACAACCCCAUCAACAACCACAACAAACAAAAUCCUACCCAAUUACAUUUCUUCAGCAUCACAAAAUUCACCGUCUAUUAUCAACAUGAAUAUAGAAGCAUCAGUUUCUAAUGUGGGAGACAUUGACGGGUGUAUCGACAGAAUAGCCAACAUUAGAGGAAGCAUGACCUGUCGGGAGUUCCUUACUCACUAUGGCUUCCAGUACUGUUCAUACAAGUACAUGCAGCGUAACUGCUGUGCAUCACAGAGAGCUGUCUGUGCAUCUGCUGCCACUCACCAGCAAGACUGAACCCUUAAUCUUGCAUGCCUGUGGUUAUCACCAUUAUCAGCAAUAUGUCUAGAAACCACCAGAUCCUCGUAAUUCUGGGUGAUAAAUUAUGAAGGCACUCAACGAGGUAAAAAACUUGCCAUCACAGGUUUCACACAUGUGCCUGAGCUGUAAUUUUUAUCUUGAAUCAUGUAACUGUAGUCAAGUAUUUGCCUGAUGAUGGAAUAAUUUUAGUAAUCUCAAUGAGUGGAUCUUCACAAACAGUUCACGCCAUGAGUUAUCCAAAAAUAUUAUGCAUGUUUAUUGGUAUAAGACAUUCAUUCCUGCCAAGACUUUGUUAUAAAACACAGAUGUGAUACAAUGAUGCCAAAUCAUUAUCCUGUAGAGUGAAGUUGACAUCUUGUGUUCAAACACAAAGUUUCAUGUAUAAAAUAUCUAAAGAAACACAUUCACAAGAAGAAUACUCAGAAGAAUUCUAAAGAACCCACCACAUCCUCAUAUGAAUUUGAGCCAAUGUACUUAACUACAGAAGACCCGUGAACAUCUUACAUGCAUUGGAGUUUGUCAAAUUUCACCAAUGAAGAUGGGGAUAAAAGAAAUAUUUACAGCAUUAAGAAAAAAAGGCAAGAUACUUUGGGGGAAAAGUUCACUUGAAGAUAAUAUGCAAUGUGUGGAACUGGCAGACUAAUAUGAUCUCAAUGUAUGAGACAGUUCCCAGUUGGCUUCCCUAAAAAUGAUCAAGACACUAAAAUAAUUCAAGAAGCUUUCAAAUACAGAAUUUAAUUUAACAUAGCAUUCAAUAUGCAACUGUGAUAGUAGAAACAUUAACUUAUCACAUAUCCACUGACACCAAGUUAGUUUCACCAGCGCCAGACAACUGCUGAAAAAUUGAAAUUAAACAAGUUUUGUGACUUUAACGUUAUUCCAUUAGCAUCACAAGGAACAUUUAUAAGAUAAAGAAACAAUGUUACUGCUGUGUCACUAUUUCCUGUAUGUAAUACAAAUGUUAUGUAACAUCAUUACUCUCAUAUUCAUAAUCUUUUGGUAUCACAUGACACAUCAAUUGCUCCUUCUGAUAAGCAGCUCAACACACAAUGUCUUUGUGUUAGUGUAGGCAAAUAUAAAUAUGUAAAAAUUACGUGUCAGAACAGUAACCACAUACGUCAUAAAAAUUCUUUGAUUUUCUUAAAAGUAGGAAGAGAGUGAAGUUGAAGCAUGAUAGAAUUGAGUUGCAAAUAGCAAGAUAAAAAACCAUCUAGGCAGUAAAAACAUCUCUUUUAAAUUAUUUAUCAUUCUUUCCCCCUAUAGUAACUUCAACACUUUAAUGAUUUUGACAGGAAAUAAAAUUGAAAAUAAAUUAUCUAUAAGGAAACAAUAUAAUUUAACUACAGACCAUUAGUAAAAUCAUUAUAAUUUAAUAACCAACACAUACUGCUAAAUAUAAUCUACAAUUACCAUUCAACACCAAAUCCCCAUUUUUUAAUAAGGUAUGUAAAAAUGUUCCUUGUAAGAUUAAUAAUAGACACAAAACAAUCAGAAUUCCAAUUAAUUCUAUGGGAUUACACACACAGGAAAAAAUUAAGAAAGCCAAAUCAUAUGAGCAAUAAUUUACUGCACAUACUUGUGAUCGAACUCCAAAACUGAAAAAUGCUGACUUUUUCAGAGCGUUGUUUUUCUGUUCCUUGCUGAAGAAGCAUAAGUUACAAUAAUUAAACCAAUUAAACACUUGAAAUUCAUUAAAGUUAUAUGUGUAAUGCUAUAAAUUUUGUAUGCAUAUGUGUGUGAGUAUGUGUGUGUAAAUAUUCAUGUUUCAAAUAUUGCUGUAAGGUAUUUAUGGAUCUUAUUAUUAGCUUGGGUUUCUAUUAAUAGAUUGAGCUAGAAAACAAAGAAAUUAUGGAUGUUUCAAAAUAUGAAAAGAAAAUUCUGGAGUAACGGAGAAUUUUUAGAAUGCUACAGUGACACAACUUUUUAGUACACUGAAAUGCUCCAAUUCUGCUACCUGUGUAUAAAUAAGUUAUUUCAACUUGCUGUAAAAAAAACCCUCUUGCACUAUGCACUAUGUAAAUGAAUCUAUCAUUCUUCUAAAUUUCAAGUAGAGAAGACUGUACUUGAAAAUUUACAUAUCUAAUUAUUUUUCUUUUUAAGUUCCUAUACACUUUUCACAAUUAAAUUUCACACAAAUGACUUUUCAGUGCACCAUGCUGUCAUCUUACUACGCAUAUUGCAAGUUUCAUUAAAUUGUUCCCAUGAAAUUAAAAACAAAUCUUCAAUAUAAUGAAAUAAUUUGAAAUGUGUUUAAAUUCAUUUCCUGUCACAACUCCAUCACAGUGAAGACAGGACAGUUAUGCAAAUCUGAAUUUAAAAAUGCACUUCAUGGCUCUGUAGACACAGCAAACUGUAAUUCAGAGAUCUGUAAACAUAAUACUUCAUAUACUGGCUUAUCAUAUGAAAUAUGAUUAGUGAUGUAUGCAAUGAAAGCUAUUUAAUAUCUUGA